AUGGACCGCCGCGAGAUUCAAGCGAAAGGCGCGCAGCUACAAAAAGCCGUCGCUGCAAAAGAACCCUCCUCCAAUAUCAUCGCGAUCCUCAAUGACCUCAAGACCGGCAUCAAGCCCACAGAAGAACUGCUACGCGCAACACUAAUAGGCAAGAUUGUCAACAAAGUCAAGGGCAUUCAAGGCAUCGACCCCAGUGUUUCACAACUCGCCUCCGAAAUCAUUCACCGCUGGCGUACGACCGUCAACGAACAAAAAGUCGCAUCCGGCACAUCAACCCCCGCCAACGGCGCAAAGGUCAACGGCAACGCUUCCGCACCCUCAAGCAAGCCGUCCACCCCAACACCGAAAGCCGCAUCCCCACCUAGUGGCAUCGACCCUGCCAAACGUACUUGGAAACUCGACAAAGUAGAUAUGGAAGUUUUGCCCGACAAGGCGCGCAACAACUGCAUCGGUCUGCUCUACGAUGGCCUCGUGCAAAACACCACCUUUCCUGCCGCCGACGUCCUCGCCAAAGCCACAGCCAUUGAGAAUGCCGUCUUCGAACUUCCUGGCGCCGACAAAUCCUCCACCUCACAAACCUACAAGGUCAAGAUCCGUAGCCUGUAUCAGAACUUGCGCAACAAAUCGAAUCCAGGCCUAAGAAUAUCCGUGAUGCGCGGUAAAGCUCCAUUCACGCCAUACGAAUUGGUGCGCCUGGAUGCCGACAAACUGAAGAGCGCAGAGCAGCAGGAGGAGGACCAGCGGCUGGCCAAGGAGAACAUGGCGAACGCCAUGGUGGCGCAGGAGGAGCGUAGUGUCAGCACGAGUCUCGAGUGUGGCAAAUGUCACGAGAAGAAAGUCAGCUAUACGCAGGCGCAGACUAGAAGUGCUGAUGAACCGAUGACGACGUUCUGCGAGUGCUUGAAUUGCGGCAAUCGCUGGAAGUUUUCCUAG